GCUUAUACUGGCUAAGAUGUCCAGAAUUUACAUUUGGUCUGAGACUUAACUGUCCCAAAAAGUAAACUCUGAUAAGACAGCAUGAAUUAUGGUCGCCAGCCUCAGCCUUUGAGGAGGAUCUGGGCACUUCAAUUUGAUAUUCAUGGCAGCCCAUGAAUAUGCAAUUUAAGAUCUAUGUUGUGGCAUCAUUUUGACAAUAUGAAGUCAUGAUGAAUGUGAGCUCGAAGAAUUCCUCUCCUCCCAUUGCUUGCUGUUCUUGUUGUUGAUCAUGCAUACCCUUUCUAUUCUGUCUUUACUCUCUACGGCUGCAUUUUCUGUGCACGCCCAAUCUUCUUCUACCCCUACGAUCGCUUCGAGUGAUGAUUGCUCUUGUGGUUAUUAUGAUAUCGUAACUGGAAACCUCUUCACGGAAUCCCUGAUCACUUAUUUCAAUGAGACCGACACUCUUUCGGACGAUUUCAUACUUCAGUCCUACGAAAACAAGUACGAGAAGGAUUACAACAGCAUAUUCCGCCAAGGUUCUAAUCCUGUAAAUAUCAAGCUUCUCAACAGUUCAUCACUUGCAUCCAAAAAAGACGAUUCUACAUCUCAAGUUGUGUCCAGAUCGCUUUCUUCACAGCAUACUUCAUCAAACACCACUCAUGGAAACAUCCCAAAAACAGCCAGUGAAGAAGAUGGCAACUCUUCAAUGGACAACGAUCCAGUCUCACUGUUCUCUCCAUCUGCUAGAUCCUCAAAUUCAUCCCUCAAACUGUCUGUAGAUCCACCAAAUAGUGAUCACUUGGUCACAGGUGGUAGUAUCAAGACUGUCAGACAGGAUAUUCAAUAUGGUUCAGCACGGGCUUAUCUUCGUCCCUCAAGUCAAGGAGUUGGAGGAACUUCGCUCUCAAUGAUGUUCCGAUACAACGAAUCAGAGUCCAUGGAAAUGAACAUCAUGAAUACCAACCAAAACUCAACUGCUUGGGUUACGAGUUUGAUUCAUUCGGAAUUUCCAAAUCCAUCCUUGGGCACGAACUUCAGUACUUUUGCCGAGAAGAAUAUUUCUCUGUAUAAUUACAACGAAUUUCGACUGGAUUGGACAAAGAACGAAGUUCAUUGGUAUAUCGGAAACGUUCUCGUCAGAUCAAUUUCUAAGAAGAAUAGCUCUGUGCCAUCUACGCCCUCCCCCUUCUUUAUCAAGCAUUGGUCAACAGGGAAUCCAUAUUCUAUGCAAGGUCCACCCAUAUCUAUCUCAGAUGCGAAUAUUGGAUGGGUUCGGCUAUUCUUCAAUUCGUCAUUAAUGAAUUCUACGCAUCAUGCAGAUUUCAAUACGCGAUGUAAUCUCAGAGUCGCAUGUUCAAUGGAAAACACUACUUUACGCGGCUCCUCGAGUUUCCCGUCAGCCGCUGUAAGUCCUUGGGAACACCACGUUGCCCAUGGUACACUUCGAUGGGUAGCGAUUUGGUUCAGUGUCGGCUGUAUGGUUUCAACUUUGACGGCUUUAACGAACGCUCUUCUUAGGCUCAAACUCUUCAAGAAAGCAGAAGAAAACCCCCAACGUUCUACGGAGGAUGAUACUAGUGCGAUAAGUCCACCUUCUCCUCCAUACGCCUAUUCCAGAAAUGCAAGCUUGACACCUGCCCCAUCAUAUCGGACAAGAAUUGAAUCCUAUAAUUCAGGGACAUCGACUUUAGUGUCUUCUUUCAACUUCCCGACUGCGAGUCAUUCAGGGGAACGAGGCUUAAGCGGUAUUGGGUCUGUUGAUCAUAUAUAUAGCCAAGUCGAUCACGAGUGGAAUACUAGCGGAAGUAGUUCAGGCGACAAUAGCGACAAUGCAAUAUCUAUCAACGAGUUGCCUCCUAUCCUAUCCCCUUCAGUACCUAACUCACCAAAUUCCAGUCGCUCUGAAAUUGACAUUAAAGACAAGUCCAAACGAGUCUCGGGGCUUGACAGUAAUAAUGCUGCGAAUACACUGGAUCAUAUAACGCUUGACAUUGAAUCUAACGCCAUAAAUCAGCAGUAUCAGAAAGAAAGUCAAUUUCGUCUAGAUGGGAAGAAUAUCACAAACACAUUCCCAACAUCGGCAUUCUCAACGCAUGAAAGUGCAUCCCCAAUGGAAACAAGUCAAAGAGUCGAUCACUUAGCAGGUCUCAUCACCAUUGCAGCAAUAAAUGUAACUGUUCUUCAUUUCUGCCUGACUUUCGUACCGGCCGUCAUUGCCCCUGGUGCUUUUGCUCAUUAUUCCGCUGAAAUAUGGAUCAAUAAAACCAUUGUACCUUUCUUUCUCAACCAAGGGGCCCUUGGUCUUUUCUUUACAACCUCCGCUCGAUUUCUUAUUACUCCUUUUCUGCAUGACGGUGACCUCUCUUCUAUAUCUUCGAAGAUAGUCAGUCGGGUCUUCCAAAUAAUGUUACCGGUUUUAAUAUUCGCCCUUCUAGAAUACUUUCUCAUUCUCUCAGGAGCAACUUACUAUCUUCCUUUCUUGCCAUCGAUCACCUGGAGCACCUGGCCUUAUGUGAUUCCAUUUCCUCAUAUCGGAUAUCUGCUCAAUGAAGUCAUCGCACUUGCUUACACAAUUCCAAACGCAGUCCCUCUCAUAACAUUCAACUACUGUACUGGCGUUCUCUGGACUAUCCCUGUGAUCAUACAGGGAUCAUGGACUACGCUUCUUGCCAUCCUUCUCAUAACCUCUAUUCCGACCCCGAAGAAACGCUUCCCCUUCUAUGUAUUUUCGUUGUUGAUCAAUUGGUACUCGCUCUCCUGGUCUUCGUUCUUCUGGGUCGGCAUUCUACUCACAGAUCUCGAAGUUACAUACCAUAUGCCAAGAUACCUACACAAGUAUCCUCUCAUCUAUUACCCUCUAAUUUUGACUCUCACGAUCCUCGCUCUUUUGGCUCUUAGCGCAGACACCUUCAACCAAUGGCUCGACUACAGCAUCAUAGCUAAAGAAACACUCAUCCAUCCCGACCCAAGCACGGGCCUUCCAGCUACUAUCACUCACAACUCCGGAUACCCUGGCUAUCCAGGCUAUUGGGUUCCUCAUUUCAAUGGCCUCAUAUUCUGUACCGCGAUCCAAUGCCUGGCAUCGAUAUCUCCCUUAGUCCAGUCAUUUCUGUCCGCAAAACACCUCAUGCUAUUAUUCCCACAUGUUUUCAGCAUGUAUCUAUUCCACGGUAUGAUCUUCUGGUCUCUUGGUUCUUGGGUCUGUCUUACUCUUAACAAUAUCCUGCCAUACUGGGCAGUGUUGAUUGUUACGGCCGUUGUAUGUUACACAGUCUUAUUUUUAUCACUGCCUAUGUUAUCUUUAAUAGCAGGGUUAUUUGGGAAGGGAUUGGCAGGAGACAUCAAGAGAGACUCUCGAGAAGAGCCAUUGAAGGGACGACCAACAUUAACACCGUUUGGAAGAGAUUGGUUGAAUCGGAAUGGGAUGAUUGACGGUAUUCCUGUAGUCACUGUUGAGGCAUCGACUGAAGUGAACAAGGUUGAAAAAACCGAUACAGAGAGGAAGGGAACGGAUGGAGUAAAGAUCCGGGUUAUGGAGUGCGACGAGGAGGUUGGUGGAGAUUCUAUUGCUAGCUCUGCCGACAAGGUGGGCAGGCUUGGCUCCGCCGACGGCGAAGCGGAAGAUCAAAUCAGUAAGGGUUGAAGUGUAGACAGAGCGCUGGUAGUUGUUUGGUAGAGGGUAUAGAUUUUGGAAGGCGCCAUUUUUACAUAAAUUACAUAAUAGUUCUCUUCUACA